AUGUCGUGCCCAGAGGACCUGACUGCCCUGACAGAUGAGGACCUGCUUGAAUUCCUCCUGAAGGAUGAUACUCCCUGCCCUGAAAUCCCAUGGGAGGAGAACAAUCUGCUGGAUGACUGGGGCCUGCUAGAGUCUGAGCUCCUCAACGAGGAGGUGGAUGACUUCAUCAGCUCCCUGCUGAGCACCUCUGAGGACCAGCCGGGCACACUGCAGGAUUAUUCACCUGCUGAGAGUGACAGUGGCGUUUCUGAGGAUCAGCAUCUGUCCCAUAGCCCCGGCAGCGACUUUGUCGGCAGUCCUCGGAGCUCAGACAUUGUGCAGGUUGAUCACAACUAUUCCCUCCAUCAGGACUGCCCCGUGCCAGAGAGCGUGAAGUCUGAAAAGGCAGAAGGAGAUGUUUCCAUUGACCUUGGGACAUGGAUGGGUUUCGAUGGCACAACCGAGGCACUGGAACAGAGCUCUGAUUUCCCUGUUGCUGUGGAUGCCGAACCUCAGCUUGUGCCUGAAGCCAUCGUGCAGGCCGACUUCCCAGAGCUGGUCCUGACAGAGGAGGAGAAGCAGCUCCUGGAGAAAGAAGGUGUUUCGUUACCAACGUGUCUGCCGCUGACCAAAGCUGAAGAGCAGCUUCUGAAGAAAGUGCGUCGAAAGAUCCGGAACAAACAGUCAGCCCAGGAUAGUCGUCACAGGAAGAAGAUCUAUGUGGAUGGCUUGGAAAACAGGGUGGCUGUCUGCACAGCUCAGAACCACGAGCUGGAGAAGAAGGUGCAGCUGCUGCAGAAGGAGAACAUGUCGCUGCUCGAGCAGUUGCGGAAACUGCAGGCCUUGGUGAGACAGUCCACCACCAAAACUGCCGCAGCAAAAACCUGCACCAUGGUCGUGGUUCUGUCCUUCUGCUUCAUUCUCUCCCCCAGCAUGUGUUUGUUUGGAAGCGAAGAGCCACAGCUGGAGCUCAGAGUGCUGUCACGGCAGAUCCGCGAGUUCCCAAACCAGGUAGCACCUGAUGUGCGGGAGGAAGCUGCGCUGGAGGGGUUCAGCCCAGAACCUGAGGACCCCUCGCUGUUGGGCAGCCUCAAUCAAUCCUGCAAAGAGGGGCAGAGUCCACCCAGCCCCGAUCCCGAAUCCUUCAACAGCAGCUCAUCCUCUGACCCUCUGGUGUCAGCGGGCUCCCAGCUGGGGCCUUCCCAGCCUCCGGAGCCGUGCUCACAGAGCGAGCCUUUGCAGGCAGCGGUGACGUGGAAAGCCAAGAGGCAGGAGUGGGUGGAACACACUGCCAGAGUUGUCAUUCAGCAGCACCGUGCUGAUGAGAUGUGA